AUGGCUGUGCGAAAAUCGGAGGGAUUACAGGUUUAUGAAAGUGUGCUGAAUAUUACGUCAGUGGAAGCGGAACGGGCGCACCGCGCGCGAGUAUUUCAGAGUUCACCCCGCAUUUCGCAAGAAUCAAAUAAGAUUUUCCACACCCUUGCAGAGUUGCGAACGCGGGUGCCCGCACCCGCACGUGCUGCAUUAAAUUGCUUUGCUAAAUUACCUCACCUACUAAAUCCUCUCCUCGUUGAACCACCUACUCAUUUCAUCAAAAUGGACUGGUAUUACCUGCAUAGCGCCCUUCUCCCUACUCCCGACGGCUCCCCGGCGGAUGAAGGAAUUCGGUAUCAAAAUAGCUAUGGCCUCUUCCCCGCCUUAGCAGAGCCAAGCAAAACUCGCAGUCAUAUCGUGGCAAUCCCAUCUCCCGCCACAGUAGCAAAGAACCUUUCGUCGACUAGAAAACUCGAUACGCGGCAGGGAGAAGAGCUUAGCGUCUUCUCCCACUGGGAGGAGUAUAAGACCCUCCUCGCAGCAUAUCAAGCCUCCUGGACGGCUUGCAAACCGGGACAGAAUCCUUAUUGGUUCGCGAGAACGGUAAGGCUGAGUAGAGUGGGCAGUGAAACGACUGCGCAGGUGGUGCAAGUCCAUGGAAAAGGAAAGGCGCAUAAUCCCAUGGUUCGAGCAUCCUUUCGCGGCUUCGCUUGCAUCCCAAAUGCUUUUUUGGCCCCGGACUUGCCACUCGCAUCUCGAAUGGUUUGGUUUGGCUGCACACCCUUGAUGCAUCAACCCCCUGCACUUGCCUUGCCUUACGCACGCUUACGCACGUCUCCCGCUUGCAUCCCGCUUGCAUCCCACUUGCCCACCCUCUUCCAUCAGCCUUCGCACAGGAAAUUCGAGGUUAAUAGGCAUGGAAUAUUUCCACCAGGGAGCAACGAACUCAUCCCAAUUCUUCUACCCAAUGUCGAAAAAGCUACUUGGCUUGCAGGUGGGCUCGAGCGGCUAGAGGCGUACUUUGUGACCAAACGGCUGAAUAUUGGCGUGAAAAGAGUGUUACACCUUAAUUUCAUAUAUGUUUUUGAUUGGAUCUGGCACAAUCAUCGCGGACAUGGCUCUAAGAUGAAUGAUAGCGCUUCAUUCAUCAUCACUUCUGCGACUCAAACGACCCCGGACCUCAAUUCAGUCACUCACCUCCCUCUUUUCAGGCCGGAAAAUAUAUGGCGAAACUUCGAUACCGAGACUACGGGCGGCAUUCCAAAAUAUGUCCAACCCUCGGCAUUUAUCCUCGAUAGCUACAUAUUUUGCAUCAAGUACGUAUCGAGGGAUAGGGCUCCAAUUAAGUGA